AUGAUGGCCAUAGCAGCCCCAGCUCCUCAGAUCCAAUCUCUUGGAGGGAACACUGGAGCUGUUGCUGGUGUCACUCCUCCUAUUGCUACUGUCACUGCUCCUGUUGGUAGUCUUUAUGGCAGCACCAGCCUCCAAGGCGGCAAUGCUGCUAACAUCCCCGACACUAGCAAGGAAAGCGCCGAGGUUAAGAGUUUCAAGGAGGUUCCCGGCCAGGAUGCUGACUCCAGCCUUGGUGUCUAUCUCGACUUCGAGAGCGUUGAUGAGCCACAGCCCAUCCGUGGUGCCUUUGGUGGCACAGAUGCCGGCCCUCGCACAUUUGAGUACGAGAAGCUGAACCCUGAUCUGUUUGCGGCCCCUGGUACAGACUCUGGAGCCGUUCCCAAUGCUGUUUGGCCUCUUGGUUUGUCUCAUAACCGACCUGGAGCCUCUGGCAGAGCUGGCUGGGCCCGACAGCAAAACACUGCUGUGCUCCCUAACGCCAAGGACAUGGCAGGUGUCGAUAUGAAGCUUGAGCCUCACGCUUACCGUGAGCUUCACUGGCACACUGCCGGCGAAUGGUCCCUGAUUCUGAAGGGCUGUGUCCGUGUUGCAGCUAUCAACGACGAGUCUCAGACUUUCACUGACGACCUUUGCGAGGGAGAUGUCUGGUUCUUCCCUGCUGGUGUUCCUCACUCAAUUCAGGCCUUCGAGAACGGUGCUGAGUUCUUGCUUGUCUUUGAUCAGGGUGACUUUGACGAGAAUGGAACUUUCCUCAUCACCGAGAUGUUUGCUCGAACCCCUCGAUCUGUCUUGUCUAAGAACUUCCGCGCCCCUGUCAAUGCUUUCAAGAACCUACCCUCUAAUCAGCUGUACAUUUUCAAUGGUACUCCUCAGCCCAAGGAUAUCAGCAAACAGAACACAACCGCUCCUGGUGGAUUUCUUAGUGGUCCCAACGGCUACACUUUCCACUGGUCUCAGCAGAAGGCUUACGAGGUCCCAGGAGGCUCAGUCAAGAUCCUAGAUCCUACUACUUUCCCCAUCGCCUCCAAGUUUUCUGCUGCUCUUGUUACUAUCCAACCUGGCGCUAUGCGAGAGAUUCAUUGGCACCCAACUUCUGAUGAGUGGGAUUACUUUAUCCAAGGCUCUGGCCGUGCUACUCUAUAUGCUGCCCCCAGCUCCGCCAACACUUUCGAUUUCACUGCUGGCGAUGUCGGUUACAUUCCUGUCGCGAACGCGCACUACGUUGAGAAUACUGGCACCGAGGACCUGAUCUUCUUGGAAGUGCUGCAAGCCACUAAAUUCUCUGAUAUUUCAGUUGCCCAGUGGCUUGCUCUGACUCCUGAACAGACUAUUAUUGACCACUUGAACAUUUCCAGCGACGUCAUUGCGGCCCUGCCCAAGGAGAAGACACUCCUUAAAACUGGAAAUACUAACCUUACCGAGAUGGUUGAAAGUGGCAAGGCUUACUAA